UGUUAAAUGCAGUUUAAAGAAUCUUGGUGCAUUAGACUUGUCAGAAAAUCAUUUUUCUGGUUCAGUGCCCUCAUGCUUAGGGAAUGUUACUAGUUUGAGGAAACUUCAUCUCGCUAACAAUAACCUGGAUUCUAGAUUACCUUCAAGCUUGGGGAGCCUUCAAGAUCUCAUAGAAUUCGAUAUUUCGUCCAAUUUAUUGAGUGGGGAAAUUCCACUGGAGAGCGGAAACUUAAAGGCUGCAACACUCAUUGAUUUGUCAAGGAAUUAUUUUUCUGGUAAGAUUCCUAGUACUCUAGGUGGUCUAGAAAAAUUGAUUAAUCUUUCUCUAGCACAUAAUAGAUUAGAGGGGCCUAUUCCUGAAUCAUUUGGCAAAAUGUUGUCCUUGGAAUACUUGGAUUUGUCCUAUAACAAUCUUAGUGGUCAAAUUCCAAAGUCAUUAGAAGCUCUUGUGUACCUCAAAAACAUGAAUUUCUCAUUCAAUAAACUCAGUGGAGAGAUUCCCACCGGUGGUCCUUUUGCGAAUGCCACAGGUCAAUCUUUCAUGUCCAAUGAUGCACUCUGUGGUGACUCCCGUUUUAACAUUAAACCAUGCCUGACCAAAUCGGAAAAGAAGUUAAGAAGAAAAAAAGUGCUUAUAGGUUUAUAUAUGAUGUUAGGGAUUGGAUCACUCCUUGCAUUGGCUGUUGGAUAUGUGGUGUUAAGAUCGAGAAAGACAAAGAAAAAUGCAAGUCAAGAAGAUGUAACUCUGGUAAAAGGGCACGGAAGAAUUUCCUAUUAUGAACUUGAACAAGCAACAGAAGGAUUCAACGAAAGCAACUUGCUUGGUAAUGGAAGUUUCAGCACGGUCUACAAAGGGAUACUUAAGGAUGGUACCCUUUUAGCAGCAAAGGUAUUCAAUGUGCAAUUGGAGGGUGCAUUCAAAAGUUUUGACACGGAAUGUGAGAUACUCCGCAACCUUCGCCACAGAAAUCUGACCAAAGUUAUUACAAGUUGUGCAAACCUUGAUUUCAAGGCCCUGGUGUUGGAAUACAUGCCCAAUGGGACACUUGAUAAAUGGUUAUACUCCCACAACUUGUUCUUGAACUUAUUACAGAGAUUGGAUAUAAUGAUAGAUGUUGCAUCUGCAAUUGACUAUCUCCACAAUGGUCAUACAACGCCUGUGGUUCAUUGUGACUUGAAGCCAAGUAAUGUCUUGCUAGAUCAGGAAAUGGUUGGUCAUGUCAGUGAUUUUGGCAUUGCGAAAUUGCUAGGUGAAGGGGAGGCUUUUGUCCAAACAAGGACAAUUUCAACCAUUGGAUAUAUUGCUCCAGAGUAUGGACAAGAUGGAAUAGUAUCCACGAGCUGUGAUGUUUAUAGUUUUGGCACCCUGAUAAUGGAGACAUUCACAAGAAAGAGACCAAGUGAUGAAAUAUUUACCGGAGAAUUGAGCAUACAACGUUGGGUUAGUAAUUCCUUCCCAACUGGAAUUUAUAAGGUGGUGGAUUACUAUUUGGUACAGUCAGGGGAUGAACAUAUUGAUGCAAAGCUGCAAUGUUUGUUAUCUAUCAUGGAAUUAGCUUUGAGUUGCACUUUAGUGACACCUGAUGCAAGAAUUAGCAUGAAAUAUGCUCUUUCAACACUAAAAAAGAUUAGGCUACAACUUGUUAUUAGUCAGCACUAGGUGGAAUCAGACCGUAUGCUCAUGUUAUCAAAUUACCUAUGCUAGUUACGCUAAUCUUUCAAUUUUGCUCAAGUACUUAAGUGUGUUUA